CUAUCAUGCUUAAACCGCUAUGAUAAUGGAAUUUUUUACUAAUUAAAAUUCCCGAACAUCUAAAAUUAGAAUUGCUGCUAAUCAAAGGUGUGUAAAUUUCAAUCAAAGUUUGCCCCUUUUCGCAUUUCCCAACAUCACUUUUUGCAUUGUCAAACCACCCUUGAAUUUCUUCAUUUUUUAAAAUUUUAAAAAAUCGAAAUCCACCAUUAGAUUUCUUAAUUUUCAGACUUGUUGAUUAGUUUUUCUACAUACAGGUUGGAUUUGGUUGUUAUCAGUAAUUGGAAAUGUUUCUACGGGUACCGCCACCUACAGGUUGAUUAGGUUAAUGAAUACAGGAUUUAUAUUAACUGUUGCUAUUGUUAUUGUUGUUAGUUUUAUAGAUCAGAUUAAAGAGGGUAGAAGUUGGGUUUGUGAAAAUUUGAGCAGUGAAAUGGGUUACCUUGAUUCAGUGUUGCAAUCCCCCAAUCAAAUUCAUGCCGAGGAACAACCUGUCACAGGCGGCGGCCUCAGCCAAAAUGGCAAGUUUAGCUAUGGAUAUGCAAGCUCUGCUGGAAAAAGGUCAUCAAUGGAAGAUUUUUACGAGACUAGAAUUGACGGAGUUGAUGGAGAGAUAGUUGGCCUGUUCGGUGUUUUUGAUGGACAUGGUGGGGCUCGAGCUGCUGAAUAUGUUAAACACCAUCUUUUCAGCAAUCUGAUUAAGCACCCAAAGUUCAUUGCUGAUACCAAAUCAGCUAUAGCUGAUGCUUACAGCCAUACAGAUUCAGAAUUUUUAAAAUCUGAGAACUCCCAGAACAGAGACGCAGGAUCAACUGCAUCCACUGCUAUCCUUGUUGGUGAUCGUUUGUUGGUGGCUAAUGUGGGUGAUUCUAGGGCUGUUAUUUGCCGGGGUGGUGAAGCAAUUGCUGUUUCCCGAGAUCACAAGCCAGACCAAAGUGAUGAACGGCAACGGAUUGAAGAUGCAGGAGGUUUUGUUAUGUGGGCUGGAACUUGGAGAGUUGGGGGUGUUCUUGCUGUUUCUCGUGCUUUUGGUGACAAACUCUUGAAGCAGUAUGUGGUUGCUGACCCUGAGAUUAAGGAAGAAAAAGUUGACAGUUCUCUUGAGUUCCUUAUUCUUGCAAGUGAUGGGUUGUGGGAUGUCGUCACUAACGAGGAGGCGGUUGAUAUGGUGAAACCCAUUCAGGAUUCGGAAGAAGCAUCAAAGAAGCUCAUGAAAGAAGCUUAUCAGCGAGGUAGUGCAGAUAACAUCACCUGUGUAGUGGUUAGGUUCCUAGAAAAUUGUGGUCAUAGUGAUUCCUCAAAGCGAGUGUCGGGAAUUCAGGCUGAUACCUCGAAAAGGCACUCUGGUGAUUCCUCAAAUCAGCUCCCUGGAAAACACAGUGAUUCUUCCAAGGGUGGUUCUCACUAAAAAAAAAUAAAAGAAGUUAUCGGUCUGCUCCUCUAAUGUCUGACUAGCCUCACUGUCUGUGAAAAUAGACGCAGAUGAUAUUACAAAUCUGUUUAUAGGUUAAUCAAGAAACGGACGGGCUUGGGAUAAAUUGUAAUGUUCAUAGGUGAAAAGUAUCAGUUGAUGUAUUUGUAAUUUAGAAGUUCUGGAGCUUUGUUUAUGAUCUAAUUUAACUAUAUAGACACACACACACAUAAAUUGUAUAAGAGCUUAAUGAUGCGAUUUACGGUUGGAAAUCCGAAUGGUAAUUCAGAAGUUGAGAUAUUCUUUUGUGUCA